AUGACCACAGCUUUGGAGUACAAGGAUCAAGGUAACACCUUGUUGAAGGAAAAGCAUUUCAAUGAAGCCAUUGAAGCGUACACAAAGGCAAUAGAGUUGGACAACCAAAAUCCUAUUUUCUUCAGUAAUAGAGCACAAGUCCAUAUUAGAUUGGAGAACUAUGGAUCAGCUAUUCUUGACUGUGAUGAGGCGUUGAAGCUCGAUCCCAACAUGGUAAAGGCCAUGUAUCGUAAGGGAGUUUCGCAGAUGGCUAUUUUGAAAUAUAAAGAGGCACAGGCCAACUUCAAGUUAAUCUUGAAGAAGCUACCAAAUGAUAAGUUGACCUUGGAAAACCACAAGCAGUGUGUUAGUUACUUAAAAAAGCAAGCGUUUGAAAGGGCCAUAGCUGGCGAUUCUAAGGGUCUUGUUUUGAGCGAAAUAGAUUACUCGGGAAUGAUUAUAGAGAAGUCCUGGCAGGGCCCAAGUUUGGAAACUUCGUUCCAAAAGAACAACCAGAGGGACAGCGAAGACUCGGAAGAAGGUCUCCCAUUCACCAUUGACAUAAAGGGCCUUGAUAUCGACUACUUGAAAUAUGCCAUUAAGACAUUCAAGGAAGGUGGAAAGUUACCUAAGGCUCAUGUUUUUGCCAUAGUAGCCAAAGUAUACGAAUUACUUAGACAAGAACAAACCAUGGUUGAAAUUGCACUCCCUCAUUCCAAAUUGACUGCCAAUGACUCUGACAUAGUAGUCCCCAGUGCUAAGAAACUCACGGUUGUCGGUGAUACUCAUGGACAAUUCUAUGAUGUGUUGAACUUAUUCUCUAAGUUUGGGAAGGUCUCAGAUGAACACAUAUACUUAUUCAAUGGUGACUUCGUGGACAGAGGGUCAUGGUCUUGUGAAGUGGCUCUUUAUUUAUAUAUUUUGAAGAUCUUGUAUCCCAAAUCUGUUUUUAUCAAUAGAGGAAAUCACGAGACAAACGAUAUGAACAAAACAUAUGGAUUUACAGACGAAUGUGAACACAAGUACUCCAAGAAGGUAUUUGAUUGCUUCGCCGAAUCUUUUGGUGCAUUGCCGUUAGCCACUUUAAUCAACCAAUCUUACUUGUGUAUGCAUGGUGGUUUAUUCUCUAACGACAAGGUAACCUUGCAAGAUAUUAAGAAAUUUAACAGAUUUCCCCUGUCAGGUUCGACACAACCUCCAAGAGAGGGUAUCGCCAUGGAGUUAUUGUGGACUGAUCCACAACAUUCCAACGGUAGAUCGCCUUCAAAGAGAGGUAUAGGUAUGCAAUUCGGACCCGACAUCACGGAAAGAUUUUGUCUUUCCAAUAAGAUUAGAAAAAUUUUAAGAUCCCACGAAGUUAGAAUGGAAGGUGUCGAGGAAGAACACAAUGGUAGAUUAAUCACUGUUUUCAGCGCACCAAAUUACUGCGACUCCACUGGGAAUAAAGGAGGUGUUGUACAUUUCACCGAGAAUGAACUGUAUAAAAAGGAGGACGACGAUGGUCAAGGAUACAGAGAUGUCGACGAUAAGAACUGUCCAUGGAAUUUAGAGACAGAAACAUUUGAAGCUGUACCUCAUCCAGACCUUAAACCAAUGGCUUACUCGAAAAGCGGCUUUGGAUUCUAA